AUGACGGGUCUGUUUUUAGUAACUGAAACUGCAGCCUCUGGAUGGGAUAACUGGGCUGAUGGAUUUGAUUCUUCUGAAAGUGAAAGUAGCGAUAGUGAAGAUGAAAGUCAAUUGUUCAGUCGGCUGUCUUGGUUUAGUGCUUGGGACAGGCGAAGCUCUAGGUACUGUAAUAUGAAGUCAGAUUCCCGGUCAGCUCAGCGUGCUCAGCUAAAAGCAGAACUUCUGAGAAGUUAUCAUCAUCUUUGCCACUUACAUAACCUUCAUCAACAAGAAAGGAAGCAUCGCUUGAAUGUUAUGCAGCCACUGGUCGAGGCUGCUCGAGCUUAUCCUAAUCAAGCAACUGAAAUUCUUACCAGGCAUUUAAAAGGAUCUCCAAAGCAUAAAAAAAUAAGCAAACCUCUGGAAACAGAGAAAAGAACCUGUAGUUAUAAAAAAGAUGAUGAAGUUUGCAAUAAUACAGCAUUACCUUACACUUGGCAUUGUAAGAAACAUAUUAUGUACAACAUUGAUCAACUGUUAUUUGAACACUGUACAGCUAAAUUUUCAGAUAACACGCAAUGUUGUGUUCCAGUAUUUGAUGUUUGUCAUGAACUUCCUUUGUGUUUUGAACAUGCCAAAAAAAGGGAUAAUUACAAUAAAAUGGCCUCUGAGCCAAAGCCAAAGAAACCUAGAAAGAAACCAAAGCCAUCUGCUUUGACAAGGCCUCCUAAAAGAGGAAAGAAAAAGAAGAAGCUUGCUGUUGUCCGUCCCACCUCGCCAUCACCACUGCCUCUGCCAACUGAGCCUCUUCCUCCACCGACACUACCACCACCACCUCCACCACCGAUUCCUUCUGUUUCUCCUCCAUCUAAUCCUCAAAUCGAAAUGCCCACAAUAAGUUAUGUUGCUCCAAAUGUGAUUCAAUCCUCAGCUGUUCAUUCUGUACCCGGUUUAAAUAAAGAUGUCAAUGGUCAAAUGCCAGCAGAUAUAGAAAGUGACUUAGAAGAUUUCUCUCCUGGUGCUAUUGAAAAAACAUUAGAGCUCCCCCUAGAUACCGCAGAGCUUGCAAAUCAAGCUACAAAGUUGCUUGAAGAGCACGACUUUACCGAAGUUCUUAAUAAAAUUCCAGAUGAUGCUUUUAAUGAUCUUUUUAUAGAUACUAGGAAUGGUGAUUACCUUAUUCCUACGAGAGAAGAAACUGAGGAACUAGAAAGAGCAUUAGCAGCUGUCUCCAAAGACGUCCACUUAUGUAAAGAAUCUUUAGCCAAAUUAUCAAACACUACGACAGGACCUGAUCUGGAAGAACUAGAACGUUCCAUAGAAAUUCAUGAAGGGUUAUUGGGUGCUGAUAACUUGACAAGUGCAAUUGAUGACAGUUCUUUCCCUGAAUUAUCGAACAGCCAUAUGGACAGCUUAAAUGUUAUUUCUAGCAGCUUUACCACAAGUGAUUUGAACUCAUUUACGCAGGCAUUGUCUGCCAUGGUCCCUGAACCCCUCGACCAGAGCCAGCUUCCCUCGGUGUCGGAAAAUUCGGCAAUUCCCAACGUCGUAAAUUUACCUCUCGUGAAUUCGGAUCUUUCUCACCCGCACAUGCUCAACGGCCACUCUGAAAUUCUGGCUGGGCUACAUCCCAUGCAGUUGGACCCCGCGUUUUCAUCCUCUCUCAUGAAUGCUUCUCCCGGGCUCUGCGUUUCGAGCUCCGCCGCCACCAACCAAGGGACUGCAGAUGCGAGGAUUCUCGGAAACGCCUCCCUGCUGUCUGCAGUCCUCUACAACCUGGGUCAAACCACCACCACCAGUGCACCCCAGCUACCCCAGACGACGUUUUCCGUAUCGUCUGUGGGCGGGAACAAUGCCUCCGAAGAGGUCAGUCUCAUGUCUAAUGCGGGGGGCCUUAACUCCAACCACUGGUUGCUCAAUUCGCCGGAUCAAGUUCUCGCACUCUCGCAGCUGGCCUACCAGAAUGGUUUCCUAGUGACUUCACAAGGAGCCGCAUCUUACGCCAAUGCCUUUGUCGGGAAGUACCCUCUCCAAGAACUGAGUGCAGAGAUGUCGCUGGAAUCGGUCGAUUCGUCUCUGAUGGCGUCCUCGGGCUGCAGUGCAGAAAAUGUGAUAUGUAGUACAACUGAGCAACCAGUGCACAAUUUAAACAUUUCCAGUAGACCUGCAUCCUCUUUGCAGCAGACUAACUCUGUAAAAGUAAUAGUUCAGGAAGGAGCUUCCUAGCAGUUGCUUAUGUUUAAUGUACAGAAAACUGGCCGUACCAUGUAGGA